AAAGGACUCUGCUCUAGACUCUCCAGAGCUUUCCUUCUGGAUACUGGAAACUGAACGAGCCAGGACCCUGAGAAAGAGAGAGAGAGAGAGAGAGAGAGAGAGAGAGAGAGAGAGAGAGAGAGAGAGAGAGAGAGAAGCCAGUGACCACACACACUGCACACCUGGAUUUUUUGUUUGGCUUUUCUUUAUUAUUAUUUUUUUUUAGUUAUAUUACAUUAAUAAUGUAGUCUUCUGCCAGCUAAUAUAAAUGAUAACUUUUUCUGAAGUGGUCACUGUGCCUCUUCCACACCCAGAUCCUUUGUGACCAUGCAGCGAAAGUGUGCGCGGCCCCAGGGGGAAUGUGACUGUGUGAUUUUGCAGAGAAGUGACGCUCUCUUCUUGACCCUGCCCGCAUCCAGAUGUUUCAUGUUUCCCCUGCGCGCCCUUUGACAGAACAAAACGCGGAGGGGGGAAAAACGUCUAUUUGGGAGCAACAAGGACAUCUUGGACAUACCGCAUCUUGUUUUUGUUACUAAAACCAAAAAAAAAAAAAAAAAAAAAAAAAAAAAAAAAGCAGCAACAACUCCAAGGAAGAUGAUGAUUCGGGAUGUUCUCGCUCGCCUGCAACUUACGUAAACUUUUUUAGAUUGCAAUCGAGGUUGUCCAAUUAGCGUCUGGACAAUGGAGACUUUCAAAGUGAUGAAGACGCUUCUGCUUCUGGAGAUACAUUUGCUUUGGAUUGCUCCUCUGUCUUUGCAAGAUCAUCUUAGUCACAACCACGAGAAUGUGAUUGACCUUCUGGCUGCACUAAACAUGUCCCACCCAAUAAAAGGUGUGUCCAGAGUGCUGGCGGAGCAUCCCGGCACCUUGGUUUACAAACUCCGCCCCAGAGCACCUCACCUCACCCUUCCUCGUGAAUACUCCCACUUCCUCUUCUCCAACCUUCAGGGCAGCAUGGGGGUACAUUUAGUGGCACGUCAGACAUUAGAUUCCAGCGCCACUCUGCUUUCUUUCUCCUCCGCAUCUUCCCCCAUUCUCCAAAUCUUCUCCUCCAUCCCUAACAACACCCUGCGUUUGGACUACCAGGCCGGGACAGGAGCUCGGGGCCUCACCAGCCUGCACUUCCCUGGAGGAAACCCCUUCUCUGGGACAGACUGGGUACAGCUGGCCCUGGCGUUGGAGCCUGAUAGACUGAUUCUGUUUGUAGACUGUCAAGAACGUGUGGUUCUGCACAGGAAACCAGAAGAGAGGAUCGGUCUGGCGCUGCCACAAGACCUUGUCAUCACUCUCGCCAGCACACCAGGGGAGAGCAAAAGCAAAUUUGUUGGAUAUCUGAAGACAGCUGAGAUCUCCAUGAGAGCAUAUCUAAGGCGGCCGUGGCACUGUGUCAAUAUUACAGAUGUUCUGCCUCCAUCUCGUCACACAGACACCCUUAGCCCGGAUUCUUUGGCUGACAGUAGUCAAAUAUUCCACACGGAUGCCUCCAACAGUAAACUCCAAACCCCCCACAGGGCGCAGCACCAACCCAGCCAUUAUCCCCAGGAUUUCCAGAAAGAUCAGCCCCUCAGAGGUGUGGUCCUGGGGCCUCCUGGAUCUCCUCCAGGGAGCAAGUCUGGUUCCCAGGCACAGGAGGAGGAGGAGAGGAUAAGGGGGCUGGAGCAGAGGCUGGAGGAGCUGGCUCGUAUGCUGGACAUGGUCAAAGAUCAGAAUGCAGCCUUGCAGUCACGUGUACAGUACUUGGAAGGAUGUGAGUGUGUAAGGCGGCGGUGUGUAUGGGAGGGACGUGAGAUGGAGAAUGGCCAGCACUGGCAGACUGACCUGAACACUGUGUGCACUUGCACAUCUGGAAAGGUCAUAUGCCAGGAUAACAUCAAGGGGUGUGGGUUGGAUGACAAACCCCAUAAUGUGUCGUACAACACUAUAGAUGGCUGCCAAACCUGUACCUGUGGGGGUGGACAACGGCAAUGCUAUCCCAAUCCCUGCCAUGUACUUGACUGCACAGAAAAGGAAAUUAUACCUGGAGAAUGCUGCCAACGAUGCAGAGGCUGCGUCCAUGCCGGUAUCCGGUACGAGCACCGAGGCAAGUGGAGAUCAGUGGAAAACCCCUGUGAAGUCUGCCACUGUGAGGAAGGCCGUGUUCACUGUGAGAGGGACAGGUGCCACACCCCUUGUAGGAACCCUGCCUCUCCUCCACCCAAUACCUGCUGUCCCGUCUGCCACGGCUGCGGUGUGAACGGUCAUGACUAUCCUAAUGGAGCUGUGAUCCCUGCUGAAGACCACUGUCAGGAGUGUAUAUGUAUUAAUGGAAAUGUGGCAUGCUCUCCCGUUGCCUGUCCUGCCCUAUCUUGUCGAAACCCUGUCCAGCGUGCAGGAGACUGCUGUCCACGGUGUGAGCAGUGUGAGUAUGAGUCAAAGGUGUAUCUGGAUGGACAGAGCUUCUCCUCCAGAGCUGACCCCUGCCUCCGCUGCCGCUGCUCUGCAGGUGAAGUGUCUUGUGAGCGUACAGAUGCAUCAUGCCCCACACCACGAUGUAGCCAUCCAACCAAGCCUAAGGGACAGUGCUGCCCCACGUGUGAUGAAUGUGAAUAUGACAGGAGGGUGUAUGCUGAUGGUGCAGUGUUCAGCCCUCCUGGGAGUGGACCCUGCCUGCAAUGCAGGUGUAAGGGUGGAAAUGUGAUAUGUCGUGAGGAGAGGUGCCCUCCUCUCCAGUGCUCCAACCCCAUUAUAGACCCACAUCUUUGCUGUCCAAUCUGCAAAGUGUGUGUUCUGGAAGGAUUAGAGUAUGAGGAGGGCUCCCGGUGGCACCCUGAGGGUCCCUGCUCCAGCUGCACCUGUGUGAAUGGAGAAACUGUGUGUACACACACACAGUGUCCCCCAACGGACUGCCUGUAUCCCACCAGGAACACUGGCUCCUGUUGUGCAGAGUGUGACAGCUGCACCUAUAAUGAUCGUAUCUAUAGCAACGGACAGAGGUUCACAACCCCUGAUCAGCCCUGCCACAUCUGCACCUGUCUGGACGGCACUGUGGAGUGUAAGAGAAGACCCUGCCCACCACUCAACUGUACCAACUCACACACACCACCUGGAGAGUGCUGCCCUAAAUGCCCAGACUGUUCCUUUGAAAACCGUGUUUUAGUGGACGGGGAGGCUUUUCCUAACCCUGUGAGUGUGUGUGAGGAGUGUAAGUGUGUGAGUGGCAGGAUAGACUGUUAUCCACAACAGUGUCCACAUCCUCACUGUAACGCACCUCUGGCUGGAACAUGCUGUCAAAACAACUGCAAUGGUUGCAGCUAUGCUGGAAAGGAAUACCCCAAUGGACAGGAGUUUCCUCAUCCUACUGAUGCAUGCAGGACCUGCAACUGUAUAAAUGGCAACGUCCAGUGUCUGAUGAAGAGGUGCCCACCCCUGCAAUGCUCCAACCCCAACCUUCUGCCUGGGGACUGCUGCCCCCAGUGUCCUGAUCCUCCUUCGGACUGUGUGUAUGAACGGCGACCGUAUAGACACACAGAGCGUUUCUACGACCCAGUUGACACCUGUCGAUCAUGUCUCUGCAGUAACGGGACAGUUCACUGUCAACGCAAGCCUUGCCCCCUCGCCCCAUGCUCUCACCCAAUCUCACAGGAGUGCUGCCGGACAUGUGAAGGCUGUCUAUAUAACGGGCUAGAGCGAGCUAAUGGGGAGAUCUGGGAUGACGUGUCAGACCCGUGUGGAGUGUGCACAUGUCGUGAGGGCUCGGUCAGAUGUGACAGGAAGCAAUGUCCGCCCUCCAACUGUAAAAACCCAGUCCAGAGAAAGUGUUGCAAAGCCUGUGAUGGCUGCAUGUAUCAUGGUGAAGAAUAUCCCGAUGGCUCUGAGUUUGUCGAUGGGAAGGACCCUUGUCGCACAUGUGUUUGUUAUGGAGGUGAUGUCAUCUGCACCAAGUUACCCUGCUAUGGCGACUGCAGCCACCCUUACACCCCGCAUGGGCAAUGCUGUGGAGAAUGCAACCGCUGCUUCUAUAACAGAGCGGUCCUCACCAGUGGGCAGUCCAUCCCUGACCCAAGCAACCCCUGCUCUGAAUGUACUUGCCAGAGGGGCUCUGUGCGAUGUGUGAAGAAACAGUGUCCCGCAGUCCUCUGUCCUCACCCUGUCUCCAACCCAUGUGGCUGUCCUGUCUGUGAUGGUUGUCUGUUCCAAGGUGUGACUUACGUCAAUGGGCAGGUCCUUCCUGGAGGAAGAGGAGGGUGUCAGGACUGCACAUGCUCAAGAGGUGAAGUGGUUUGUACGCAAAGAAGAUGCCCCGCUGUGCCAUGUCCUCACCCUGCCCUGGACGGCUGUGGGUGUGGAGUGUGUGAUGGCUGCAGUUUUCAUGGACGGGACUGUUUCAGUGGAGAACGCUUCACACACCCUACAGACCGCUGUCAGCACUGUUCCUGCCUGAAUGGUGCAGUGGUAUGUGUGCCUGCAUCUUGCCCGAGCGUUGCAUGUGCACAUCCAGUGACCCCACCAGGGGAGUGCUGCCCCGUCUGCACAGGCAUUUGUCUGCAUCAGGGGAGGGAGUAUCAGUCUGGCUCCUCCUUCACACCGCCCUCUGACUCCUGCUCUUCGUGCUCCUGUCUGAAUGAGGUGGUGACCUGUCAAAAGAGACCUUGUCCAGUCCAGUGCUCCCAUCCGGUUCCAUCAGAUACCUGCUGUCCUUUGUGUGACUCCUGUCUGUAUGACGGUGUGGUCCACGCUCACAGACACACCUUCACACUCUCCUCCAACCCCUGCCAGCGCUGCACCUGUGUCAGGGGCACCGUCACCUGUGUGCCUGUCCUCUGCCCACCAACACCCUGCGCCCAACCUGUAACCAAGCCAGGACAGUGCUGUCCAGAGUGCACAGUGUGUAUGCUGGAUGGACAGGAGUACAGUGACGGCCAGAAAUGGACCCUCAGCUCCAACCAUUGCUCGACAUGCAUCUGCCAGGGCGGCGAGGUGCGGUGUUCAUCUCCUGAGUGUCCCAAGCUGGCGUGUAUGCAUCAAGUGACUGACCCAGGAGCCUGCUGCCCUCGCUGCAGAGGUUGUGUGUAUGACAGAGAGGAGCAUGCAGAGGGCAGCAGCUGGUUCGCAGACUCCACCCCCUGUAUGACCUGUAUGUGUGUGGAUGGGGUGACCACCUGCUCUGAAGUACGCUGUCUGUCUCCUUGUGUCAACACUAUCAGUGUGCCUGGGGAGUGCUGCCCCGUGUGUGCAGACUGUGUAUUUGAGGGCAGAGUGUACGGCCCAGGAGACAGCUUCCAACCAGCUGAUGACCCCUGUCAGAUCUGCACUUGUGAGGUGAUGCCGGAUGGAGAGCAGCACUUGAGAUGCUACCGUAAGCAAUGUCCCAGUCUAGUGGACUGUCCUAAGAACAACAUCCUGUUCUCAGGCCCGGACUCCUGCUGUCCUGUGUGUGCACAGCCUCUCAGUAACUGCACAGCUACACUGAUCGGUAAUGAAGUCUUGGCAACUGACGAUCCCUGCUUUACCUGCCAGUGCAAGGACCUGACCUGGACCUGCCUUCACCAGAGCUGCUCACCACUUACCUGCCCUCCUAAUGAGCAGUUCACCCCCCCAGACUCAUGCUGUCCUGUGUGUGAAGAUUGUGUGAUUGAGACUCAGAACAUCCGCGUGCCCAGCGGCAGCAGCUGGACAGACAGUGAUGACGACUGCGUCACAUGUACCUGCAACCUGGGCCAUAUUGAGUGCAGCAUCGAGGAGUGUUUACCUGCGGUGUGUCUGGACGGCCAGAUACAAGUGAAGACUCCAGGGAAAUGCUGCUAUGAUUGCCAAGACUCAGGGGUGUCAUGCACGUACCAGGGCACAGUCUAUCAGUCUAAUGAACAAUGGGAGGUAGAUGAGUGCACCAGCUGUACUUGCGUGUCUGGAGACGUGCACUGUCACAGUGAACGCUGCCCUCCCCUCACCUGUGCAACAGAUGAAAUGCCAGCAGUUGUCCCAGGUUUGUGUUGUCCCCAUUGCUUGCCUCGCCCAGCCACCUGCAUUGCCUUCGGAGACCCUCAUUACCGUACCUUUGAUGGCCGCAUGCUGCACUUCCAAGGGGCGUGCACAUAUGUGCUGGCUCAAGACUGUGAGGGUGGAGACUUCAGUAUUCACGCUACUAAUGAUGAUCGUGGACGCAAAGGAGUGUCCUGGACUAAAGAAGUGACCGUGUUUAUAGGAAAUGUCACAGUGCAGCUUCUCCAGGAUUGGGUUGUGAAGGUCAAUGAUAAGGUGGUGACCCUGCCCUUCCUCAAAGAACCUUACAUCUAUGUAGAGCGCCAAACCAACACCAUCUUACUUAACACUAAUAUUGGCCUGAAGGUGCUGUGGAGUGGACGCUCACACCUGGAAGUGAGUGUGCCGGGCUCAUAUAAGGGUCACACCUGUGGCUUGUGUGGAAACUUCAACAACUACUACCAGGAUGAUCUCCGAAUGCCCAGCGGACAGAUCAGCUUGUCAGAAGCAGACUUUGGCAACAGCUGGAGGGUGGUGAACCGCAGCCAUUCCCUCUCAUCCUGUCGCCAUGGUGAGAAUGUCGACCCCUGUAAGGAUGCAGGCUACCAGGCCAGGAAGGGGGCUAAUGCCCGCUGUAAGGUCCUAAAGUCUGCUGUCUUCAAGCCCUGCCAUCGGGUGGUGCCUCCUGAGCCGUGGUACGGGGCUUGUGUGUACGACCUUUGUGCCUGCGGUUCCAACACUGAUGAGUGUCUGUGUGAUACUCUGGAGGCCUACGCCGGUCAGUGUCGAGAGGCCGGGGUCAAACUGCAGUGGAGGAGUCCAUCGCUGUGUGCGGUUGGCUGUCCAGUGGAGAGAGGCUUUGUGUUCGAUGAAUGCGGUCCUCCCUGUCCUAAAACCUGCUUUAACGUUGACGUACCACUGGGGGUGAUAGAGAGCCACUGCUUCAAGCCCUGUGUUCCAGGCUGCCAGUGUCCUGCUGGUCUGGUUCUGCACAACAACUACUGCAUACCUCCAGAGAAAUGCCCCAAGAUCAUACACGGCAGCUCCUCGUGAUGCACACGUUUGCUCAUUUUCCUGCACGAGUGCACUCUUGCACAUGCACACGCACACAUUCACUGUGCACAAACAUGUAAACAUGAACAUA